GGGAAGGGGGUGGCUGGUCUGGCUGGAUUGCUCUGGCCCCAAAACCAAAAAAGGGAAGAGGGAGGGUGAGGACAGAGCAAGAGGGGAGCACGAGGAGGAAAGAGAGCGUGGGUGUGUCCGCACCGAGCGAGUGUUGCAAGGCAGAGGGCGUAGCGGCAAGGACGCCAUCGCCAUCGUCGUCUUCCCCUCGUUCUCUCGCUUUGCGCCAGCAUGGCAGCAGCGACGACGGCGGCCGCUGCCGCGGCCACGGCCAGCGCUAAGCUCAACGUCGGCGCGCCACAUGGCUCAUCCUCUUCGGGCAGAAAGAACUACGCCAUCGCCGCGAAUGCUUUGCCCUGUGCCCGGUCCUCGCAAAAGGGCGCAGGAUUAUGCGAGUAUGCAGGCUUGAAGGCAUCCACUGCUCAUCUGUUCGGGGGUGUCACAGGCAGAGAUGUGGCAGAUGCCUCUGACUUGUUCCAUGAUUCCGUCACUCGCCAUGUCUCAUCCAAGGUCCUUGGAUCUGGUCACCGUGGAGAAACUGAGGCUAAGCUAAAGGUGGCCAUCAAUGGUUUCGGACGUAUUGGCCGAAAUUUCCUGAGGUGUUGGCAUGGGCGACCAAACUCGCCCCUUGAAGUUAUUGCCAUAAACGACAGCGGAGGUGUUAAGCAGGCAACUCAUCUUUUGAAGUACGAUUCCAUGUUGGGUACAUUCAAUGCGGAUGUGAAAAUUGUUGACGAAACACAUAUUAGCGUGGACGGGAAGGUGAUCCAAAUUGUAUCGAACCGUGAUCCACUUCAACUCCCCUGGGGUGAACUUGGCAUCGAUAUUGUCAUCGAGGUGUUCAUCCCGGCUACAGCUCUGAUCGGGAUGGCGUUUGCCAUUUUUCAAUGGUACGUGGUUUCGAAGAUUCCUGUUCGAUCGGCCGCAGUUGGUGACGACUAUUAUUUGGCGGAUGAGGGCGGGCUCGAGGAUGCAAGCGUGAUAGCGAAGGUGGCGGACAUUCAGGAGGCCAUCUCUCUUGGCGCAGUGUCGUUCUUGACGACGGAGUAUUGGUACUUGACCAUCUUCAUGACACUGUUUACUGGUAUCAUUUUCGUCUUCCUUGGAUCCGUCGACGGGUUCGGGAGGGAGUGGAAACCUUGCGAUGCCAAGGUUCCCACUGGGAAGAUGUGUGCGCCAGGCACUGCCGUCGCAUUCUUCAGCGCCGUGGCUUUCGCUCUCGGGGCACUGACUUCCACCCUGUCCGGCUUCCUGGGCAUGAAGAUCGCAACUUACGCGAAUGCCAGGACGGCCCUGCAGGCGAGGAAGGGCAUCGGCGCGGCCUUCGCGGCUGCCUUCAGAUCCGGCGCUGUGAUGGGCUUUCUGCUGACGGCGAACGGCCUGUUGGUGCUGUUCCUGGCGAUUCUUGGGUUCAAAAAGUACUUCGGCGAUGACUGGGUUGGACUGUACGAGUCGAUCGCGGGAUACGGGCUUGGCGGAUCGUCCGUUGCUCUGUUUGGCCGUGUGGGAGGUGGCAUUUACACGAAGGCUGCUGAUGUCGGGGCUGAUCUCGUCGGCAAAGUGGAGCGCAACAUUCCGGAGGACGAUCCUAGGAACCCUGCCGUGAUUGCUGAUAACGUGGGUGACAAUGUGGGCGACAUUGCAGGCAUGGGCUCUGACUUGUUUGGGUCUUUCGCCGAAUCCACGUGCGCGGCGUUGGUCAUCUCCUCGUUGUCCUCCAUGGGCACGGACUUGGAUUUCACGGCGAUGAGCUUUCCUCUGCUAAUCACGGCUUCGGGCAUCAUUGUCUGCCUCUUGACGACCCUCGUGGCCACCGACAUUCAGGUCGUUGAGAACAUCAAGGACAUUGAGCCGAGUCUGAAGAGGCAGCUUCUCAUCUCGUCGGUCCUGAUGACGCCCACGAUCUUUGCGGUGUCUUAUCUGUGCCUUCCUGCGCAGUUCAGUAUCAUCGUUGCCGGGCACGAGGACAAGGUGGUGAAGAACUGGUACAUGUUCUUCUGCGUGGCGGCCGGUUUGUGGGCGGGACUGAUCAUUGGGUACAUUACGGAGUACUUCACCAGCCACCAGUACUCGCCAGUGCGCGACGUGGCGGAUGCGUGCAGGACGGGAGCGGCAACCAACAUCAUCUUCGGUCUGGCUCUGGGUUACAAGUCUGUGAUCAUCCCUGUGUUUGCCAUCGCCGGMGCCGUCUACCUCUCCUACAGCCUGGCGGCCAUGUACGGCAUUGCGUGCGCAGCACUUGGAAUGCUCAGCACYCUGUCCACCUGCCUCGCYAUCGACGCCUACGGGCCCAUCAGCGACAAUGCCGGUGGGAUCGCCGAGAUGGCAGAGAUGGGCCCAGCYAUCCGUGAGAAGACGGACGCGCUGGAUUCGGCKGGGAACACGACUGCUGCYAUCGGCAAGGGCUUYGCGAUCGGGUCGGCUGCGCUGGUGUCGCUCGCUCUGUUUGGCGCCUAUGUGAAUCGCGCCGGCAUCUCGGAGGUGAACGUGAUCGCGCCGAAGGAGUUCGUGGGUCUGCUCGURGGGGCSAUGCUGCCGUACUGGUUCUCGGCGAUGACGAUGAAGAGUGUGGGCAAGGCKGCUCUGGCCAUGGUGGAGGARGUGAGGCGGCAGUUCAACACCAUUGCGGGCCUGAUGGAGGGAACGGUGAAGCCGGACUACAAGAARUGCGUGAUGAUCUCCACGGACGCGUCGCUCAGGGAGAUGAUCGCGCCWGGCUGYUUGGUGAUGCUCACACCCAUCAUCGCAGGUUACCUGUUCGGCGUGUACACSCUAGCAGGUGUUCUUGCSGGCGCCCUGGUUUCCGGAGUGCAGAUGGCCAUCUCCGCCUCCAACACCGGCGGAGCGUGGGACAACGCMAAGAAGUUCAUCGAGGCAGGCAACACGGMGCAAGCUCGCGCKCUCGGGCCGAAGGGCUCCKCRUGCCACAUGGCAGCCGUCAUCGGAGACACCGUGGGCGAUCCCCUCAAGGACACGUCGGGCCCAUCUCUCAACAUCCUCAUCAAGCUCAUGGCAGUCGAGUCUCUUGUCUUCGCACCGUUCUUUAAGGAGCAUGGCGGCGGAACGGGUGUGUUCGUGGACGGUCCCGGGGCUGGCAAACAUAUCCAGGCGGGUGCUAAGAAGGUGAUUAUCACCGCCCCGGCGAAGGGAAGCGAGAUCCCGACUUACGUGGUGGGAGUGAACGAGGAGGACUACCACCACGACGUGAGCAAUAUCAUCAGCAAUGCAUCUUGCACAACGAACUGCCUGGCACCAUUUGUGAAGGUGCUUGACGAGGAGUUCGGCAUUGUCAAGGGUACCAUGACCACGACUCACUCCUACACUGGCGACCAGAGAUUGCUUGAUGCGUCCCACCGUGAUCUGCGGAGGGCGCGUGCUGCAGCCCUGAACAUUGUCCCAACGACUACAGGCGCGGCCAAGGCUGUCGCCCUCGUGCUCCCCAAGUUGAAAGGCAAGUUGAACGGCAUUGCUCUCCGAGUGCCCACACCCAAUGUCUCCGUGGUUGACCUCGUUGUCAACGUCGAGAACAAGGGCUGCACCGCCGAGGAUGUCAAUUAUGCUUUCCGUAAGGCCGCGGAUGGACCAUUGAAAGGCGUUCUUGCCGUCUGUGACGAGCCUCUGGUGUCCGUCGACUUCCGUUGCACGGACGUCUCCUCAACCGUCGACUCCUCGCUAACCAUGGUUAUGGGCGACGACAUGGUCAAGGUUGUAGCGUGGUACGACAACGAGUGGGGCUACAGCCAACGUGUUGUUGACCUGGCGCACCUCGUGGCUGCCAAGUGGCCUGGGGCAAAGCCUGCACCUGAUGCGAAGGACGGUGAUCCUUUGGGCACCUACUGCGAAUCCAACCCUGACGAUGACGAGUGCCGUGUCUUUGAGUAAAGAUACUCUCAACUUCAGUGCCAUUCAGUGCCUUCUCCACUGUCUCAAUGAAACGACAGGGGGGGCACACACACAUCCACACACAUGUCAAGUGUAGUGCUUCAUUUUCUGCAAUAGAGGGUAAAGCUGCUUCAAAAUUGGAUAUCAAUCUACAACACAAAAACACACACAGACACACCCACCCACCCACCCACCCACACACACACACACACACACACACACACACACAGAGAUUGGGCAUGGAGAGGCCAUGGGUGUCAUUGAGGUUGCGCAGUGGAAACCUGCUGUACUGUAUCUCAUUUUUCUUAUUGAAUCGGCCUUGUACGCAAGAGGUUCUGAACAGGGGGAGUUGUAAGGAAGAAGAUUAAAAACGAAUUUAAGAUUUUUUUUGUUUUUUUGGUUUUUUCGCUUAGGCGCUCUGAUAUCAUGUGACAAUAUAUAUCCUUAAGCCAAGUCAUGUUCAGCCUCCUGAUGAGUCGGUGAAACUCCGACGAAACAGUUUGUCACAGCCCCUUGUUUGUUGUCCUCUUCUCUCUCUCUGCCUACGGUUUACCGGGCAGUUCUGUUUGUGACGAUAUAUCCUUAAGCCAAGUCAUGUGCACAGGAUCGAGAUUUUGUCGAGAUGAGAAUGAUGUCUCGUCGUAAAGAUUGUCUCGUCGUAAAGAUUACCUGCAUGAAUGGACUCUCCCCCUUUUGUUGACCUCCAGAGUCUUGUAUUCCAGAGGCAUUUGUGAUUUGCUUUUGCUUUUCUGUGAUGUAUGGUAGUUGUUAACUUAUUACAACCGCCAACCAACGUA